AUGAGUUCCAAAGCACAGAAAAACGGAUUGAAGGUCGAAUACAUAAAAAUCCCCAACGACAUCAACGAAUACGCAACCGCCUACUGGUCUUCCUGGGCAAAUCCCGUCCAAGCAACCGGUAAACUCACCUUUCCCCACCUGGGCGAGAACACGCCUACGGAGCUCGAGGCCCUCGAAGCUUUCAAACGAGAACUUCACAAAACACUACACGGGGAUGAGAACGAUCACUGGGUGAAGGUGGUAGAUCCCGAAGAGAAAAAAAUUGUUGCGGGUGCAAGAUGGUUGAUCUAUCCAGAAAAUCCAUACCGUGGUCCGUACAAGAAGCCCCAGGUAACGCAGUUUGCGGAGGGCUCGGAGAGGAGGGAAUUGGCGGAGUCGAUGUAUGAGCAACUCCUGGUACAUAGACCACGAAUGAUGCCUAUAUCUCAUGCGUGUAUGUAUAACAUCGAUGUUCAAUUAUCCCCAAAACAAACGCAAUGGGCUAUCUGGCUGACUGAUCUUACACAGGUGGUCUUGCUUUGUGGAUUCUCCCCGAGCAUCGCGAUCGUGGAAUCGGAGAUUUGAUUCUGGAGUUUUUUGUUGGGUUAGUCGACGAGAAAGGACUUGAGUCAUAUCUCGAAGGAACCAUUAUGGGCACAAAGCUUUAUCAACGUUGGGGGUUCGUGACGAUGAGUCAAGUCAGGCUUUCCUUCGAAAAAGAAGAUCCGAGUCAAGAGUGGAAAGAGAUUGCCAGCGAGCUGGAAUCCGAACCAGUGAAUAUCAUGUGGAGGCCUCGUGGUGGAGUGUACAAGGGAGGGAAGACUGUUAUCCCAUGGGAAGGGGAGCCCAGAAAAGCGAAGCUUUAA